CCCCUUUUUACGCAGACAAACUCAUACUGACUUUUUUUUUUUUUCCUCCACUCACUCUCACCCUGCCCAGUUCUCUCAGAACAAGUCUGAUUUCUGCAGGGAGCACACAGCUCUCUUGGAUUGCACUCACCCAUCAUAGACGGAGUACAGUUUGUCUACAAAAGCCCCCCACUGAAGAGCAGAGCAACAUGGGGAGCAGCAUUUCAUGUGUCCCCCAGCACAACUUCACAUUGUCCAAGAGUUUCAUCCGCAGAAACAGCAGUCGCCUGUUUCGCAGGAAGAAUCCCCAAGAGGGGCAAGAGAAGUCCAACAGCAUCAUAAACAUCCUGAGCACAGUCACCCCCUUCAAGGAAAUGUCCCCCAAAGACCUGCGGACCAUAGAGAACAUAAAAUGGGACCCUCCGUUCCAUUACGACCCGGCCAGCGGCUGGAAGAAAAGCAGCAUUAACGUGAAGAAUUUCGGACGGAUGAUUCACAGYUCCAAAGUUUGCUUCCGCUUCUCCCAGUGCCAGGAUAUUCACGAUUGCUUCCUGGAUCUCUUCGAAACACAUCUUCACUUUGUUUCUAACAACACGACUGGACUAACAUACCAGGGGACACUUCCAUUGAAGGAACUCACCAUCUGCAACCUGCAGCAGAACUGUAACCACAGCCAGCCGCAGGAAUAUGCCUUCCAAAUAAACGGUGUCAGCCUGAACUCCAUYGUCGUCUACUGCGCCAACCAAGACGACAUGGACCUCUGGUUUAGUCUUCUCAAGGAAAACAUCGAGGCUAACGGAGGCACUGCUAUUGCACCUGAAAACUACACCAGAGUGAGGCUAAACCAAGACAAGGCUCCAGAAGGACGAGAAGACCUGAGAAACUCCAUCAGCAGAGAGCCAAUCUUCGAGUGGGAGGGCUCUCAGCGGGACAGUUUGGGCCCCAUCACCUACGUCACCAAAGUCCGACUGCAGCACCUGCCCUGCUCGCAACAGAGUGACAGAUUGUUGGUGAUGUAUCCAUCAACCUUGAUCAUCCUAUCAGAGGAGCCCAAUGGUCUCUUUUAUAAGGGCAAGCUUCCACUCAACAUGAUUACAGUGACCACUCCCUGUCAAGACGUCAAACCCAACACCUUUAAGAUUGAAGGCAAAAUGAUCAACCCCAUCGUGGUGUCCUGUCAGGAUCGGCCCGAGUUCUGUGACUGGAUCCAGCAUUUCAAAGCUGCCGAUGUGCCCGUCGUCAGCCCCCCGCCCCCAGUUUAUGACAUCAUCUACACCCCGACAAGCACAGAGGCACCAACAAAGUUUGACAGGUGGAGUGGAAACAGUCAAGGACGAUCAGAGUCUCUCAWAUACAGCCAGGCACCAGGAGAAACUGGCUCCCAAAGCCUUCAGUUACCCAUUCGGGAAGAAAAGCUCAAGUCUCCAGGAUACUCUGAACCUCUCUGUUUCAGUUCCAGUCGUCCGUCUUCGAUCGAGACAGCCCGGCUGGGCAGCAGGACCAACAGUGUGUCCUCACACACCAGGCCCGACAGCGACCUCAGACCUUUGCCCCUGCGCUACGCCUCACCUCAGCACAGCUCCCACCUGCAGUCUGCAGACAGCUCCCAGCUCUACAGCACCCCCUACUCAGCCCUGCACCGUGCCAGUCCACAGCGGCCGGAGAAAGCCCCGCUYGUCAAGUCAAACAGCUGGAGCACUCCACAGACGUCCCUGAACUUCCCUCUGAAUGCACCGCAGCGUCACUCAGACAUGUGUGCCCCAAGACAACCCCUGUCGCCUCURUACGACGAGCCCUGCAGCCCUGAGAUCUACUCCCUGGAGGAGGCCAGGCCGGCGCAGCAGAGCUGGAACGAACUAAUCCAGCACGGACACUAUCAUCAAGACCUCCAGCWCCGCCACGAGCCAAUCAAGAAACACCACCAUCAUCAGAACUCCCAGCUCCUACCCUCCUCCUUUAAACUUCAAACCCCUCCGAUGGGCAGACGCUGUCAGAAAAACCACAACUCCCGGGGUCCGGAUUUGAGUCCAGACUUGGAAACCCCUCAGAACCAAGCAGAGCAGAGAGCGGAAGCCGUGUCGAGGCUAAAGCUGCUGCCCGCGCCCAGCCAAGUCCGGGAGCAGAUCCCUCUCCCGUUGAGCUCUGUGAGGAACGCCGCACAAAUGCCUUAUGGUUAUUCACCUGACCGCCAUUCGUACCUGGAACCCACCGAUCCAGAUGACCAGGAAGUGGACUACGACAACAUUUGGGAGUAUGACCGCGAGACUGGAAUGAUUCAGUCAGUGCCUGGAAUUUCGACACACUGGACAGGAUUAGACUUUGAGGCCCAAGGCCUCGGCCCUGUGGCAACGCCGCAGAGAUGGUCAUGAAAUGAAACAAUAGGCUGACACUUGUCUGGACAUGUGCAAACAACAGAUCACUAUCAGAGGGAUAAUAAAAGCCUACAAUCCCAGCCGGAGUUGCUCCCAGCGUGUGAAGCAACAAUUCACAGGAACUGCUUUGUCAGAUGUUGAGCAGCAGAGACGUCAGCGAUAGAAGCGAUUCAGUGGUCUGCUUAAUAUGUAGCAUUUAGGAGAGAAGACACGAGAGCGUACUGCAAAGAUGUAGCUUUAAUUUUAUUUAAUGUAUUAUAUAACUGCACUAUCACUGGUUUAAUAUGCAGUACUUUCAGAACUUAUUUUAUUUGUAAUUGUAUCUAUGUUUUUUAUUCUAAGUUAAGCUACAAAACAUUCCAUUAAAGCAUGUUUUACAAAAGAAUAUGUGUAUGUUGUAAAUAUUGUACAUUUAUUAUYUUUAUUUUUAACAUGCUAUGCUGUGAAAACAUGUUGCUUUAGUUGAUUUUUAUAAAGGUGCAAGUCUUUAAACCACUCCUGCACCAUACUGAUGCCUGUUUUGUUUGUAUACGUGUGUGUUUGUGUGUUUGUUUUGUUGAAUGUGUUUUAAUUAUUAUUUGAAAAUAAAGGUAUAAUUGUACUAGCCUGUAUAUGUUUGUUCUUUCGAAAUAUGGUCUUAAUUUCUGUCAUGU